AUUAAAUUACGACUAGAAGAACAAAAUGGGGAGGCGCACAUGCUUUCCCAAUUGACAUGCAUGACAUAAAGAAUGUUGAUAACUUUUAAAAAAGGGAAGAGAAGAGACGCCACUGAGAAUGGCCUGGCUGGGGUGGCCUAGACGCCGAUGCCAAGUCUCGAGAUCGACAGCGGCGACAUGGGCUUGGGCAGGAGCGGUUCGGCCAAGGGGGUAGAGGGGUCCCAUAUCAUUGGAUCGAUGCAUCACGGUUCCCGUCCGACGAUCCUUCACAGAAAAACCAUGAGCAUCAAAUCCAAUAGUACAGUUAUUAUCACGGGUGGUAUUGCUGACAUGGGUUUGUCGUUGCCGAGAGCUGUUUUGACGUUCAUGACCCCGAUUUUCGCCGCCACGUCCUUGCCCCCGUCCAAAGCCUCCACGCUGUCCUGGGUUGCCAUCACCGUAGCUGCUACCGCCGUGCUGUCCACCAUAGCCGCUGCCGCCGUACAUCCCGACAUGGAGUUGACCGCCGGCUCGGUUGAUCUGCGGGAAGCCCUCGGAGCAUCUGAAGAACAAGUUGAUGUUGAGAGACCGGUGCAUCGACAUCGUCUAACCAGUCGACAAGAUUUUGGAGUUGUUGGCAAUAGGUCGUGGAUGACCUUCCAGAGAGCUGAGGCGAUUCGUCACCAUUCGUCAUCGUCGUCGGAGAGGGGGACGACGGAUCCAUCGAGAACUGCUGAUUUUUUAAACGAAGGCUGCUUGUCACUAGUUAUUCUGAUUGAUAGCCAGCACAACACUAGAGAUAGUUCUAUGAAACUUGUAUAUGAAGCUCAACCUAAGCCCAAAUCAAUAACUGCCUUUGCUGGUGAAGCCAUUGCUGAAGUGGCUUGUGGGUCAAACCACACAGUUGUUGCUAAUUUCCCUUACCCUUUCGUUUUAUGUUAUGGUGAUCACUUGCUGUUGAUUCUAAUGAACAUGUUUAUACGCUUGGCCAUAGAGAGCAGAAGGAUGAGUGGGCCCUGCGACGUGUUGAUGGAUUUAGCAUACAAAAUGUCCUGCCCCCUGAUUCUGUGAACUCAUCUUGCACUGCUGGGGAGGCCAGCUAUACAUGUGGGGAAAAAUAAAGAGCAGUAGGGAUAAUUGGAUGUAUCCUAAACCUCUGAUGGAUUUAAGCUUAUUAGUCUUCAAUUGCAAUCUCUAUUCAUGGCAUAGUUGCUCAGGUUGAUAGGCCGAACAAUGAAUACCCACAUCAUUUCACAGACUUUUAGAUGUCGGCCUUUGGAAAUAGAAAAAAAGGAAACAUUCCAUU